CGUGCCCCAGUAAAAAUCAGCUGUGCCCCAGUAAGAAAAUGUUGAAAGAUUUUCGUAACAAACUAGUUUCUUUGGCAGAUCAUUUAUCUACUGUAAGUUGUAGGACAGAGUGUGUUUCAAACUUCUAUCGCCUCUUCUUUCGAAUUAAUUUUCUGAUUGGUCUGAGAGAUUCUCACUGUAAACAUAGCGUGCGUGCGGCCUGCCAUGAGUCCAUUUAGCCUACUGGAGAGAUGAGUCUACUCUUUGGAUGAGUCAGAGAAUGGGCUCUGGAUGAGUUAAGGUAGCGUGAAGUUUUUGCAACAAAACUAAGCAAACCAUAUUCUAACAAACCCAUUAAACUAAAUCGAAUUAAACGAUAUUAAAUUGCUUUUCCAGAUGGAUAUCAGACAAUUCUUCUCACGAAGCAGAGACAGGGGCAGGGAAACAGUGACAAUGAGGAGGAGGGUGAGAGAGGAUCUAAGAGCAAGAAUCUGCUGUUGUGCAGCCAAGUCAAUAAACAGGUUUGUACACUAACCACAGUGCCAAUAUCCCUUGUAGCAUGUCAUCUUAUUGGGCAUCUUCUAAAGCUAAAAGACGCAGAGUCAAAAAACUAGUGAGGGAUACACAGCAGGAUAUUCUAUCUGAAUAUAAUUUAACGGCUGCUAAUUCCAAUCAUGAAAGCACACACCCUACCUUUGAGGGCCAGCUACGUGGUUUCUCAACAACUUCAGACUUCUCACUAAACACUCAUAGAGUUUCAAGUAAUCAGCAGGAGGAUGCCAACUUGUGCACCACACAGGCUUCAGAUUCAGACUAUGAAGUAGGGGCUGAUGAAAUUGAACCUGACCCUGGUUCUAGUUCUCCUCAUCUGGUUCUGAUGACGAGCCUAAUGAAGACUUUCUAAACACAAGUUUGAAAUACUGGGCAACAUCCUAUUCUGUGUCUCUGGUUGCACUAUCCGCUUUGCUCUCCAUCUUAAGGGUGUUUCACCCAACCCUUCCCAAAGAUGCAAGAACAUUGCUUGGAACACAAACAAGUGUGCCUACCACUAAAAUAGAAGGGGGAGAGUACUACCAUUUUGGCAUAGUACAGGGAGUGCUUUCACGAUUAAAAUGUUUGAGUUUACUUGCAGUGCCAAGUACUCUUGUAUUGCAGUUCAAUAUAGAUGGCCUACCUUUAUUCAAAAGUUCAAAACUGCAGUUCUGGCCUAUUCUUGGGUGUCUGAAAUGCGAUUACACAAAGUCCCCUUUUGUUGUUGGUGUCUUUUGUGGUGUAGGCAAGCCAAAGAGUGUUUUCCAGUACCUAGAACAGUUUAUUGGAGAUCUUAAGAAUGUACUGAGUAAUGGCAUUAGGUAUCUUGACAAAUAGUUUGAAGUUAAGGUUUCUUCCUUUAUCUGUGAUGCUCCAGCCAGAGCAUUCAUUAAACAGACCAAGGCACAUAACGGCUAUUCAGGAUGUGACAAGUGCUUUCAGGAGGGAGUAUGGAGAAAUAAAAUGACUUUUCCUGAAACAAAAGUGAGACUUAGGACAGAUUCUAGUUUCACAGAUAGGGUUGAUGAGGAACAUCACAUUGGGAACAGUCCUUUGUCUGAUGGUUUCCAUGUUCCCAAUUGACUAUAUGCAUGCCUGCUGUCUUGGUGUAACGAGGAAACUGCUGAAUUUAUGGUUAAAGGGGAAAGAUCUGAGAACAAGGCUUCCAUCUCAAACUGAACAAACUAUUUCAGAGAAACUGAUUAAGCUGUGUCCCUACAUGCCUUGUGAAUUUAAUCGUAAACCGAGGGUGCUAGGAGAACUAGAUCAGUGGAAAGCCACUGAGUUUAGAUCCUUCAUGCUGUAUUGGGGUCCUGUAGUUUUGAAGGAUUGCCUCCCUAGUGAAAUGUAUGACAACUUCAUGUUGUUUUCUGUCGCAAUGUAUCUCUUGCUAUCCAUACAUAUUUCUGUUGAGAAACUGUCUUUUGCAGAGAGGUUGAUGGUGUCGUUUGUUGAGCACUUUGGGAAGGUGUAUGGAAAGGAUGAAAUCGUAUAUAAUGUACACAUUCUUAUUCAUUUGGCCGAGGAAUAUAGGCAAUUUGGCUCUUUAGAUAACAUCUCUGGGUUUCCGUUUGAGAACUAUCUCGGUCAAAUGAAACGUCUUCUGCGGAAACCACAUCAGCCUCUUCAACAGGUAGUUAAACGUUUAUCGGAAAUUCAACAUAUUGAGACACCACAUCCCACAGAUGUCCCAGUGUUGUACAACAUCCACACUGAUGGUCCUGUACCCCCCCCCCCCCCCCCCAGUUCUCAUUUCAGUACAGACAGUAUAAGAAGGUUUCAACUUAUCUGUUUACUUUGUCAUCAAAGAUGGGAGACAAUUGUAUUCUAGUGGCAGAUUGUUUUGCAUUAGUAGAGAAUAUUGUUCAGACAGAUGAAGAUGUAUAUAUCAUUUAUAGGAGAUUCAGAAACAAACAGCCAUACUACAUGUAUCCCUGUGAUUCAGCUUACAUUGGUACAUACAAGGUCAGUGGGCUUCAUAACAAUGUAGGGAUAGGCAAACUGAGCUGUAUCAAAUGUAAAUGUCUGCUUUGUCCAGAUGGCAAUGGCGCCAUAGCAACACCACUGCUUCAUUUAAGGGUGUAGGGUGGGGGGGAGUGAUAUCUAUCUAGUUCAUAUCACUAGUUCAUAUAUACAGUAUAAUAGUUCAUUUUCAUGAAGAAUACUUUUCCCCCCAAUAUUGAGAGAUGAAUGGUGAGGUACUGUGGUCAGUUGCACUCUUCCCAAAUGGUGGGACAGCUGUAGUACUGCAGAGCUGGUUUCGUGACAAGACCUCGUUAUUAUGGCCCCCCAAAAAAGUAAACCUGGCCAAAGCUCUUCGCGAGAAGAUGGAACCAGACCAUACCUGGAUUGCAUACAGUGAUGUCCGCCAGCUUGUUGCAUGUAAGACCUUUGAGGAAGCUAGGCGCAGAGAAAAGAAGUACAGCUCCACAAUAUGUGCAACCACAGAGUUGGAAACUGAAGAUGAAGAAGCUGUGAGGGAGAAAAGAAAACCACGCCCAAAUCCAGGGUACAUGGACUCCGACUCUGAUGAGCCAUCUGACCUGAAGAGGAAAAUGCUUUGCAGACCACCUGAUGUGGGCAUUCCAGGACACAUGUCAAAAUCUUGGACAUUCCAAGAGCUGCCACAAUCAAGCCAGGCUGUGAGGUCCCUGGAGCAUUCAAGGGAGGUAACAACACCAAGGUCGGCUCCAGGCCAUUACGGUCAGCUUAGGCCGUCACAACUGACAAGACAUGAUCUGUUUGGUGACAUAUCUCCACGUGACCAGUUUCUCAAUGAAUCAGGCGCUACCUGCCACCAGCUGCAGGUCCCACAGAGAGAAAAUGUGACCAUGCAAGGUAGUGGGCAGCUUUACAAAGAUUGCCCACUUGGCCUUGGUGGGAGGCACCACUUCUGAGUCUAUGGUUCGGAGGAUGCUUGGAACAGCACUUACCAAUGGCCUGGCCUGCAGCUACAGUUGGGCUGGCAAGAAUAACAAAAAGGCUUUUAAAGAAACCGUGCUACAGGAGUGCAUGUUUGCUGCUGCUCGGCAGAGUGACCGGCGGCUUACCCAGCAGGCCUUCAGCGAAUUGGUGAAAAAUUGGCUUCGGUACGCCCCUUGGCGUGUCAGGGGAAAGAAAAGGAACUAGAUCCUCCACUUCAGGAUUGAAGUCUUUUUUUUUUUUUCUGUUGUUACUGACACAAUAAAACAACAAUAACAAA